AUGAAUGUGAAGGAAUUCGAGGCCGUGGACACCACGGGGCUGGAGGGCGCAGUGUGGCCCCAGGGGGGCGAGCAGGGCCCCGCUGGGGCCAUCACACCAGCAGUGGAAGUUGAGACUACCAUCUUCGACCAGUUGGACGCAGACGCAACAACAAAGCGACCGCUAGGUACCAUCGCCUCAUCUGUGGUGACAUUCGUGAAUGACCGUACGACUUCGGAGUACGUUACUGUGAUUCAGGGUACGCGCAUCGAUGGACACUACGCCCAUGUUACCACUAAAUCAUCUCGUGUGUUCUAUGCCGAACCUAUACGACUUACCUCGUCGACGGUAUUCAACGCUGGCAACAUCCAGACAGUACCAAGCGACCCGUUUCGCGGUUCUCAUACUGCAGUUGACCCCGUGGUAGGCAAGGAAUUACUAGUGACCGCUACCAAAACUCUCGUGACCAAGCAGGGACCACUAAACAGCCUCAUGACCAAAACGGUUUUGAGUGGUAGUAUUCCAGUGAAUGACGAGACAUCAUUCAGAUUCUUAUUGGAUGGUUCUACCUCUGCAGAUGGUUCUGAUAUCAUGCUGGUGCGAGAUGGUGAUGGCAGGAGAGUUGUUUACAGCUCUGAAGCGAACUUCGAAGUUGUUCAAUCACCGAGACCCGAUGGUUCAACUCCCGUCAUCCGGUUUGGAACUGCGGAACUGGGAGGUGACAAACUCAGUGGAGUCCUUGUUGAAUCUCCCAAGAAUGUCAUGACCGACGUAGAGCUCGAAGGUUCUGAAAGCAUCACGUCCGACGAUAUAGAAUUGCUGACGAUCACGAUAGGAACUCCUGUUCAAGUUGCAUAUUCCACAAAAUUCCAAGAUAAAAUGACGAUUAUGAAAAUGGAAGAUAUAAUGGAGUCAACUGAUAAGGAGAAUGAAAUUACAGGAAACGCCAUUCCUCGUGCACGGAAAGUGACGGAAGAUAAAGCGGACGAAAUUGUGAUCCUGCCAGAUAAGGUCAAGUCAGUAGAUAUAAAUCUUCCAACUUUCACGGUUAAGGUUCCGGACCAAACUUUAGAAGAAGUGGUACAUGUAUCCGGAGGACUGAAGAAAAAGGAUGCCCAAAACCUCUUUCCAAAAUAUGAAGUGAAGAAGAAAACUAAAACUGCCGAUGAAAUUCGAGCCGAAUUCAACUUGGAGAGGGGUGACCGCAAGUCGAAUCUGCCAACUGUGACCUACGUAGGGUUUGCUGACUUUACGACGACGAUAGCGGACACAGUUGUAAUUUUUACACCUAAAUCGAAAACUCCGCCUGGCGCCUCGUCUCAAAAAAUUUACGUUACACAAACCGGACAAGAAACCGGGCGAGUGGAUUCUCCAUUUGCAGGUUUUGGAGCCGUGUCAUCCCUCGCUCCACGGGUUGCCCCAGCAGGUCCAAGUUUCAUUUUGAGCGAUGGUGACAAUAAUUUGGACACCAAGGACAUGAAAACUGUUAUGGUGGCCAAGAAUGAUGGCAGUUCGCUGAUGCAGGACGAAAAGGAAGUCAUAGCUCCGGUGACGCAGACAAGUCACUUGCCAGGUAUCAUUUACUCUACAGUAGAAACUUCUCGCUACAAUACCGUGGACUUGUACCCAUCGGGUUUAGUGUCUUCAAUUGGGGGUACCAUAAUCGGCAACGGAAUGACUACGGUAUUCACAACGUAUAUUUAUGGUACAUUCAUUCAAAAUCAAUACGCGCAGAUCGUCCAAUCGACCUCAAGUAUUUUUUAUUUGAAAUCUCGCGCUCCAAGCAGCAUUGAUGCUACAAAACCAUCCAUAAUAACGGCCACCAAAAUGCCUGAGUUUGAAUCGAGCACUAAAGAUAUUCUUGAAGCAUUUUUCGAAAAUUUGACCGAAGAACCAACGACGGAGUCUUUUAAAUCUAAUAUCCUUGAAGAAUUAUUGGACAAUUCCCUAGGCCGGGCGGUAUCUUCUGAUCCAUCUGAACAGACAAUUGUCGAGCGGCAGAAAGAUGGUGAGCUAAUAGAAGAGAGUUCUGCAACUAUCCUUCCCUCAGUCACAACGCUGACAUAUUACACCACGUACGUUCGCAACGGAGAAAUUACUGUUUCUACGAGAUAUCAAACUUCCAAAUUACUUCCACUUUCCGUAUCUGAUUCUGGUCGAACUAUACAUGGAUCUCAAUCAUCUAGUGAUGAUAUUUCCACUUUGACGUACUACACCACUAAGUUCGUAUCCGGAUCGACUCAUGUCACUUCCAAUACUAAAGUUGUCAGUGCAGGGAUGAUACAGCCAUCAAAGGUGAUGAGCAUUGAAAGCACCAUUUCUCCUGAAGAAAUGAUGAAGCUUGAUCAAAUGGAAAUGACGACCGAAGAUGCCUUGGAUUCAACCACCGCCAUCUCUUCCACAGAAAGUGUGACCGAAUCUUAUUCUGAAUCUAUUUCCGAAUCAUCGACAGAUCGGUCGUCACAAGAUGCCACCGAGAAGCCAUCGCUUAAUUUAGAAUCUUCUUUAGUCGCAGAUGAAGAUGUCGAUGCUGUUUUUUAUCCUCGAACCUACUAUAUUACGUACACUUACUUUACCACCUACCACCUCGAUGACACGUCGUCCGUUUUAAGUAGCUUUGAAACUGUCACUAAUAUCAUUAGCAACUCUCUGGAGCUGGAUGAGCACAGAACGAUAAGCCCCAUUAUAGCUACUCCCCCCGUUACCUACUGGACCACCUAUACUUACUGGACUACUUUCUUCAGGCACAACACCACCGUUACCACCAGCUCAGAAGAAACCGUGUCGAACGUCGUGGGUGUCACCCUAUCUGCAGUACCUGAUAGGCCUACCGAAGUUCUUAUAAUUACUCCAACCUCUACGAUCAGUGGCGUUGAUGACGACAUGAUGGUAACUGUUGAUGCCACAACGUACUACACUACCUACACCUACUAUACAUCGACUUUCUUAGGGACGUCAACGAUAGUCAAUAGUCGUCUGGAAACCAUCACAAAUGUUGUUCAGUCAACCCCCUCUGUUGCAGUAGACUCCUCGAUAACCGCUAUUAAUUUUGGGUUCGAUGAUACGACUGAGGAUACGACAAAACUGAAUGCGGCAGUCGUAGAGGAAGAAUUUUUAUCAGAGGUUGAUCAGGGAAUCAACGAUCAGCCAACAGGACUUUUGUCCACCAUUCGAAGCAGCACAGUGGUAGAUGAUGCAACUACAAUUUUUUCAACGCGAGUUUUUGGGACCAUUGUGGAUGGAGUUUACUUCCAGAUGCAGUCCACAACGAGUGAAGUGAUUUCUCAACGAGAUACCACAACUGUGAGUGUUUACAGCGUGGAUGCAGGAUCGCUUAUCUCGAAUGGACUUACCACUCACUUCACUUCCCAGUAUAUCGAGCUUGUAGGUGAUGGUGUAUCAUCAACGGAAAUUAGAGCGACUUCCACUAUUGAUGGUGAGCCUGAUUUUGCUGCGUUCCUCAAUAAGGAAUCCAAAACGGGUGUGGUUCGCCAAAUCAUUGGGUCUCAGAUUCAAGGUUCCAAAACCACUCUGUAUGACAGCACAAUAAUCGGAACAUUUGUGGAUGGAUCUUAUACACAGGUCGUUGAAAGCUCUUCUACCACAACUAUUGGACCAUCGACCGUAUUUUCACCACUGGCAGCAACUAAUGUUAUUGAAAUGAAAGUUACUCCAACACUUCAGGCGUCUCUGAACGACCUUACCAUCAGUCCUACUCCAGUAUUGACACCAUCUGUAAAAUUGCCCAUUGAAGAGGAGUUCAGCUCCAUACAAAAGGAUCUAAUUGAAAAAGAACAGGCAUCUUCGCACUCUUUGGAAACUUUAAUAUCUUCAAGAGAAUCCACAUCUUCAAGGAGGCCUGAUAUUUUCAAAUUCAUUAAAAGAACUUCAACAUUUACGUUCCCAACUACCUUGAUUGGUAGUCUCCCAGAGAGCGAAAAAUUAAAGGCCUCUUCUUCAGCGACUCUGAGCGUUGGCUCCUCUAUUGUGAAAACUCCUGUUUCUGCUGUUGACAGGUCUUCUGCUCGGCCUGAAGAUCCAACUCGUCGACUGAGAUUUCAGACAUCUAGAGGCGGAAGACCGUCGGUACAUCCGUUUGCCUCUGCUAGAGGGAAAUCGAGUAUCUCUCCAAGUUCUGUGAAGCCCAACAUUGAGAAAACGAAAGAAGUUGAAGAUUUGCCAGCUAAAAAAACAAGUAAGGUUGAGAAAACUGAAGAGUCAGAAGGGAACUCACCGGUGAACAGUUUCAGGCCAUUCAGUUUUCGGCGACAAGAGGUGGCACCAGGCACACGUUCUUCUUUGCCAUUCUUACCUCGUGCCAGAAAAGUGGAAUCAGAUGGCAAUCACUCGGCUAGUAGCCGCUUCGCUCCAACUACAACCGAAGGAACAACCCCGAAACCAGAACCUACAACUCCCAAACUUGCGCAAUCUAAUGCAAGAAAUCGACCAACGUCUCCAAGUGCCUUGAGUGUCGAAGAACGCAGGAGGCAAAGACAAAAGCUGGCUUCAAGGUCUGCUCUUUCAAGAUUAUUCCCAAAUCGUAACAAUGAAGAUCAGCUCGAUGGAGAUGGCUCAGAGUUGACAGUUUUGUAUGCCGAUGUUGAUGGAAGUGUAGUUAACCCCAAUGAUCCUAUCGACCUUAUUUAUUUCACGCCUGAAGAUGCAACUUCUCUCGAUGCUGGUGAUGCGUUGUCUCUGACACGCCGAAAACGACAAACUGAUUUUGGAGCACGUGUUUCAUCUCGCGGUGUUUCAAGAACUUCUCCGGCCCGCGCCGAGCCGCCAUCAGCUGACAGCCAACAGUCAGAAAGCCGGCCUCCUUCACGACAAGCUCGUCAGCCCCAGUCAGAUGCUGCUCCUCCUCCUAGGCCCCGCAGCCGUAACACAUCACCAAUUCGGAUACCUAACAGAAACUCACACACAGAGGAAGAGGUUGCUCCAACACCUAAAGAAGAGGCUAAGCCAGCGCAAUUUACUUUAACGAAUGCAAGAUCAAGGUCCCGAGCUCCUGCACUACCCAGGGAAAAUACCAACACUCAACAAAACAAUGAUGCACAAAGAUCGCUGAAUCGAUUAAGAGCUCAGUCAUCUCGAAACUCAGUGCCUCUAGGUAACAUUCGGGGCAGAGGCGUCAGACGACAACCGCCUGAAACUCCCCAACGACCUGCAGCAAACCGAUUUUCGAAACCUUCUGAGAAUCGAGCUCCUCCGAAACGUCCUGCAGCUCCGCGCAACCGAAACUUGAACAACAAGGCUCCCAAUAAUAAGCGAACUCAAGUUGGGGGAAAAAAUCCCAUUGCUGAGUUCCGCAAUCGUCCAGUUGCCGAAAUUGAACCCGAGCCGUUCUUGCUGCCGAGCUUCGAUGGAACCUUCGAUAUUUUUGAUCCGAUAACAGUCACGAGAUCUGUUCCUUUCACCACCUCAAUACCCGAGGUUAAGAAUGGACGCACUUCUCACAAGGAAGUAAUUACUGCAUCCACUCAAACUGAAGUGAUCCAGCCUGAUCAGAUUAUUCAGACUGAAAUCAAUGGGGAAAUAAAGCUUCUCCUUUCCACAAUCCAAAAUGGCAAUGAAAUCACUCGGGUCCUUAUUGAGCCGCAGGAGUCAGAAGUUGCCGUCACUGCUAAUAGUUUCGUCAAUGGCAAGCGUACGCAAGUCACUCAGGUUAUUCCUACUCAGAUUUUCAACGUUGUAACAAUGACCGCUGCCCCUGAUGUUCAGAAUCUUCUUCAACUUCUGCUGUCUGGCCAACAACAGAAUCCACUGCUAGCAGCUCUUGGACUUGGUCAACAGACUCCUAGCGAGGUAGUGAGAACUACCAGUUAUGUAACUACAGUUACAAGCGUCUUAUCAACGCUUUUGCCCAUUAUAUUCAGAGGCAAAAUGGUCACGACAACUGUCGUGGAUACGAGGACAGAAGUAGUCACAGCAACCGAGCUUAUCACGGAGACUGUGGGAAAUACCUUAAAUCCAUUUGGAAAUCAAAAUCCGUUGAACCAACUCCUGCCACUUUUGUUGCAAAAUCAGCUACAGCAACAACAAACCCAACAAAGACCUAUUAGAGAAGAACCCAUAAGAGAGAGCAAGCCAGAAACUCAGCCUUCCACACCUCCAGAAAUUGAUCCAGAACCGGUAAUCCAAACAUCGGUAAUAACCAUGUUUGUAUCUGGUCGAAGACCUGGAGAAUUUUCUAAAAUAUUUUCGACUGUGACCCUUGAUGGAGAAGUGGCAAGGGUGAAACGGCAGCCCACUGAGCUGGCACAACCUACGGCAUUACCUCAGUUCUUAGAUGCAGACAAAGGUUCCAAAUUUCUUUCUGAUAACUAUUAUAAAGACUUGGAUUGGUACAUUAUGUCAGCCAUUAAUGAGGUUGACAGUCCCAACGUUCAUGACGAAACUCCAAGUCUUGAAAGCUUUGUUCCUGGGCUCAGUUAUCAUCUCGGCCAAAUUCCGGUGACAUAUGAUGAAGCCCUUUUUUCUAAUGCGAACCCUUUUUUAUUGAACGUCCCCGCUGAGUCGCUAACUCCAAAAAGGCGAAUACCUCGAAGUGCCCAGCGGGGAACAUUACGAUUUCGUGAUCGCUUGAUACAAGCUAGAAAAUUUCCAAGUGAAACUGCAAAUCAGGGAAUCGUUAUUGAUGAUGAUUCAGUUACGAACGUCCGUACUAAUCCUAAUGCGAGAAAGUUAACAAUUCAGGGCUCUAAGAUUCAAAAUGAAAGAAUCGCUAAUCAAAUCAAGCAAAUCAAUGCACCAACCACGUACUACACCACUUUCACCUACUACACAACACUAGUGGAUGAAAGUGGAAGAGAGUUUAUUCAAAGCAGCUUAGAUACAAUCACCCAAGUUGCCACAGCUGCAGCAGAAAUUGGUGACUUAACGCGGAUUGCUGCCACUGACGUGAAUCGGGAUGCAAAAGCCACUGAAGCAUUCACAAUUGACGAAGCUAUAGUACCUGGUAGACCCAGAUCAGUUCCAGAACCUUCAUUCCAGGAACCUGAACCACCUUUUGGACCCAUAGUGAAAGAUGGUGCAGGUGUUGAGCCCUUCCAACCAAUUCCUGAUCCUCCACCUCCUCUCUCGGUAGAAGCUGUCACUGAAGGGAGUUCGACGGGUAGACAAACAUUUAUUGUGCGUCGACCAUCACAGACGCCUGUCCAUCCCGUGAAUAACAGACGUGGACAACAAGAAGUCUCCGACAGACAAUCUCAGCAACUAGAGAGAAGAAAGGUCAUCAAGACUCUCAAAAGAAUAAUACCUAAUGAUGAUGCUGAGAAGAGUGAUGCAACCACAGUCCCCACUGUGGUCAGCCGAGUCGGUGAUCGGAUAAAACCACGUCUGCUACCUAGGAGACCCACUAUCAAUCGCAAUAAUGAUGUCGUCGAAAAUUUGGACAAAACAGAAAAAGGUCCUGUAGUUGUAACCCAACGGGAAUCAGAAGCCCAAGCACCUACCGCAAUGGCAGUCGCUGUGGCGCCGUUUGUUGGAACUAUUGAAACUUUGUAUACUGUUUAUUCAUAUCUUUAUGAAAUUAAUAGCGGAGGAGGUUCUAUUGUAUCUUCUACCAGAGAUGUCACAGUGUCCAAUAGAGUUAGACCUUCUGUCGUAACUGUUCCAGAAGAAUUCCGCGAUCCUGGAGCAAAAUUGAACACUUUAGAAGUUGGAGAAGUGACAGCUAAUUUAGGGCCGAGAGUUUUGAAUUCGUUAACUACACAAAUUUAUCUUGCUUCUGCUACCCUGGUGGAUUUGAGCACAAAACUUCCUCUGAUAAACGAUGAGGUAAACAGUCAACGUGAAACUCAAGGAAGGCGGCCACAAUCGCUUCUACAGUCUUCAAUCCACGACGAUGAAGGAGCUCACCAAAUAGAGACACCCGCAAUAACAUCAACAACAGCGUCGCGGGUUCUACCCACUAGACGAUUAUUCAGGCCAUCUCGACCGAGUGAAUCUGCUACUGAUGCUGAUGCGCUAGAAGAUGAAACAACCCAGUCACCUAUCAUCGAAGAUACUACAGAACCAGAGGAAAAACCUCAAGCUCGCAGACCAAGCACUCCAAACUUCAGCCGAGGAUCUGUCAGGUUCAAUAACGCAAAUGAUCGAGUUAGAUUCACAGUAACUAGGCGUCGUCCUCAAGAAGUGCAAGUGCGCACUGCAUCUCCAAACCAAUCGCGAGUGAGUCCAGAAAAUACUCCUCGAACACCAAACCCACAAAGAUCAUUGAAAGAUCGUCAACGGAAUCGUGGCCAGACCAUUGAUCAGCUGACUACCACGACUGUACCACCUUUACGGAAAAUUUCGAGAGGACGAUCACGUGGUCGGGAAAUUACGACCACUGAAACCAUUGAAGAAGAAAUAAUCAUUACUGAUUCACCGUCAACCGAAAGCCCCAAGUCAUCCACUAAAUCCUUAGAUGAUAUGGAAUCACUUCCAACAUUAGAAACCACAACUGGAAAAUCCACUACAAGAUCUUCGCGACCAUCAGUGAGACGUGAUGAUAUUCCCAUAAUUCGCCGUCCCACUGGAGACCGAGACACAAGUAGAGUUCCGAUCGGAGACAGACUAAAACCCGCCGCUGAUGCAGCAACAGACAAGACGGAAGAUGAGUCAAUAACGGAUGGAUCUUCAGCUGCGCUGGAUUUUAGCUCCAUUUUUGGCCAAGUAUCGGCAAAUAGCGAAAAUACUACACCGUCCAAGGGGUUAAAAUUCACUCACGAGAGAAAGGACAGAAGAUUGGAAUCAACGGUGGCCACUACUGAAGCAUCCACCACCAUGAAAACGGUACCUACCACUCCUGCUCGUGAAUUCAGAUUUGGAAUAAGAGGUGACGAAAAACCGAAACUUCGCGAUCCUCUUCUUUUCGGUGGACACAAGCCAAGUAGAACAUCAGUCAAGGACCCUGACAGUCAAGAUGAUGAACAUAGAACUGAUUCAGCACCGUUACGAUCAAAUGUGGAUUCAAAAACAGAGGUAACAACAAGUGCUCCAAAGUUCAGAUUCCAGUUGGCUACGGCUCAGAAAAAUAUAUCCACUCCCACCUCGUCUUUGACUAACGUUGAAGGUGACUUAGUUCCGGCUGAUUACCUCGAUGACUAUUAUACUGAGUACUACGACGAAGAAGAGGACCCUGUUUCUGAAAACGACAAGUCAGUCAAACCCUCACUUAAUCCCAAGUCCAAGACCGAUUUGGAACUUACCUCGGGUCUGGCUUUUCGCAAACCUUCCAAUGUGUUGCCACCGAACGUUGUGUGGAAAACUUUUACGACCAACACUUUCCUGCCAAUUCUUGAUGGUGAGAAGACUGUCACUCUGAGCAUUGUAACCUCAACCCUCGAAACCCUACAUGCAACAGACGCUCACCUUAUUACCCGCGCCCCAGAACUUUUCAACCCAGACCUACUCCCUAAGCCCCUUAGGAGUACCACAACUUCGCCAGAUAGAAGCAAGUCACCAGUCGGAAUCUUCUCCUCGACCGCUACGACACCUGAAGAAAAGACUGCGAGGACUUCGGAGUUCAGCGGAUUCCGGUUCGGCUCCGCCGCUGCGUCCGAUAAAUCUACUGAUAAGCAACGGUCGAGAUUUGACAUACCACUCCGGAGAGUACCGACUUCACCCCGAGCAACACAAGCAACUCAGACGUUGAGGAAUCAAAAUGUUGAAGCGUCAGCUUCUAUCCCUCAAUCUGCACCUGAACGAAAAACUAGGUUCGAGUUAUCGAAACCUAAAAUCGAUUCGGUCUUGCCUGCUCUUCUUGAUUUUAACAUAAAACCAGUUUUGGAUGACAAAAAUUCUCGAGAAGUUGUGGCUGAGAAAAAGAAACUAAACCCUUUUGAAACGGGUCUGGCCGCUCUGGAGUCCACAACUGAACGUGAUCGAGCACCUACCACAGGAAAGGGUAUCACAAAGUUCGAAGCAAGAUUCAAAACUACGAAAACAAAUGAAGAACUGGUAACGACAACCAAUAAUCCAUUUGCAGCUGCUAUUGAUGCCCUAAAAACUAGUAUAUUCCAGUCAGAAGUUACUGAAACCAACCAGCGUGGUAACGAAAUAGACACCGAUGGAAGUCUCGAUUACUCCCUUCCGGUCAGCUUCCCCACCACGUUAUUCAACUCAGUUUUAUUUGCACAAACGACCACUGAAGUCAACACUGAAAGAAAUAAAUUAGUAAACGAUAAACUAGACAACGACAAGCUGCUAAAUAACUUCGAGGAAUUUUUGGAAACUUUGACUUCAGAAUCCCCCGAAACAUCCACCCAAGUUGAAAGUACUACCACUCCUUCAGCCACCACGAAGAAACAAGGUGGGUUCAGGUUCACUAACAGCCCUUCUACUACAACAGAAAGAUACACCAACGACCCUUCGUCAGCCACGGCAUCCCCUUCAGAGGAAUUUUCCUCGGCACCAAGCACUGAAAGCCUCCACAACCUCUUCAGGGUAGACGAAGAAGAAAACAUGAUUUCAGACGGUGAAAACUACAACGCUCUCGAAGAUGUUGGUAUCCUCGAUGGAGAUGAAAAUGACACGGUGGUUUCACACUCAGUCACUUCGAUUCCCGAUUUCAUUUCCGCUAUUGCUGAAGCAACAAAUGAUUCUUUUGACCAAGAUUCAGUUGAAUCCAGUACCGAUUCACCCGUAUUUGGAGGCGAAGCCCCCGUAGAAAAUGAUUCCGAAUCUAUUACCUCAACGGAAACACCACCUGCCAUAGAGCAAGAAGAUGUUCACAGUAAUGUUAUCACAAGGGAAGGAAAGAACAUAGCCUUCGAUGGUGGGGCAAUCGGCAGCAAUUUAGAGCUUUGGGGUCCAAACAAAAAUCUUGCCACGAGAACCAUGAGCAACGGCGUACGCGUUAUUGUUGCAGGAGAACAGACGUCUCCCCUGCCCCCCCACCCUGAGGGGGGUGCCCCCGUCACCCUCCCCCCCUCCACCCUCUCGGGGCAGGUCAGCCUACGGGCCUCAGCGGACCCCAGCCAGAUGGUGGCCAGUGUCCCCGAGGCAUCCCUGCAAACCCUGACCUACUACACCACCCUGACCCACCUGAGCACCGUCUCCCCUGGUGAUGGUGACCUGCUCGGUGCAACUCCCCUCGUGGUCACCAGCAGGGAAACCAUCAGUCGUUUGGUUACAUCCAGCGUACCAUUCUCCGGCAACUUCAUUGAGAUGACUCAGGUUGUUUUGAAUACAGAGACGUACCUCACAACCCAGACCUUCACCAGAACUCUGGAAGGAGAAACAACCGCUACCACCUCAACAGAGGUCCUCACGCAAGUCAUUAUCACUGAAGAACCAAGUGUGACGCGCCAGUCGGUGACUUCCGCCCCGUCAGUUUCUCCUAUGGUAGUAACUAAAACUUACCUGACCACUUUUACCUACUACCAUACGGAAGUGUCCAGUGAUGUUACAAAUGUGCAAACCGACACGGUGGUGUCAUCGGAGGUGGUUACGGAGACCAUGUUCGUGACUCCCGAGCCCGUUUUACACGGUUCUGAGAUAACAAAGACUCCUGCUCCGUCACUUGAGUUGGAGUCUGAUGACAUAGUGUAUGCAACCAGAACAUUCUUUACUACUUCCACCCACUUAACAACCCUCUUAGAGGGUGGAUCCACUGUGACUACUUCAAGUGUUACUGUGCAGAGCAGAAUCGUCACUGAAACCAUACCAGCUUCUAACUUGAUAGGUCUAGGCGGUGGUGAGGUCAUGAUGCCAACAAAGAUAAUUGAGGACGUUCCUCGAACGGAGGUGUACAUGCCCCUCGGAAAUGAUGUUUUUAAGCAGCUAAGAACAUUUUUUGCAACGUACACGCAUUACACGACCCUUGCUGAUGGGUCAGUUAAUUCCCGAGAAGUCACGAAAACGAAAGUACUAUCCAGUAUCAUCACUACUACCGAAGUACCCCAGUCCUUGAUUGUGAAAUCUACAGCUUUGGUUGAUACCGCUGAUGUCGAGGAGGAUUCUACUGGAACAAUCGUUCCGACUUCCAUCACCACUGCCUUGCUUAGCUCAUCUGGUGCCCAGCGUCCUUCAAUUUCACCGUCGUUGGAUUCUUCUAUUUCUGCAUUCCCAAAAGAAACAGCUGGAAAGCCUGGCCGCACUUCAACUCGGGGAGGGCAAGGAAGACCAUCUCAGUCGGGUUCGAGGUCGAGCAUAAAACCAACCAGCACUGCCGGGCUUAGUCCGUCUCAGUUAUCUGCUUUAAAAGCCUCCAUUGUGACAUCGCAACGCUCCCCCGGGGCUUCCGUUGUUCAGCUGGAUCCCUCUGAAUUGUUCUCGCUACACGAAUCUUCAGAUACUUCGAUUGCCCCGGAGGCCACAGCUCUAUUGGACAGUGAAAAUGAAUCUAGCACAAAAAUAGUCAGUGAUUCUACGACUUUAGCAACGGUACAGCAAUCAUCUUCCGGUGAAAUUGACGACUUGUCCUCUCACAAUCUCAUUAGCACUUCAGUUUUGAGUGUACCCACUGUCCUCCGAGGAGUUGACGGUGCAUCAAGUACUGUUGAUGCCGGAGGAACUGUGGCAGUGGUCGAACGAGAUGGACAACGGACCGUUUUGCCAGCAGUUCCUUCAGUGCUCCGACUGAACACCCCAUCGCAGGUAAACAUUGCUGUUCCAGUUCCCUCGAAUGAUGCUAAUGUUGCAGUAGCUGAAACAAAUUCAAACAAUGACGAUGUCACGGGUAUUUCAAUUGGAAGCGGUGCUGCCUUUGGGUUGAUGGUACCUGUCCUCUCUGCAAUGGCUGGUAUUAUAAAGAACAACCUACCUGCCGCAGGCGUCGCCGCGAUUGCCAAAAGUGAUGAAGGUGGAGAGGUGUUAGAUCUUCCUAGGAAUACUCUGAUACACAUGCAAGAGCCUCAUUUCAUCCCAGUAGGGGGAGUCGCUGCGUCCAUGAGUAGUUUGAGGAGGCAGUCAGUACAACCCACACAAGGCUUUAUCCCUCUCAACAGAUUUGAUGGACAAGAUGGUCGCAAUCCUCAUCAAGCUUCAGCUAUACCCUUCCCAAGACCUAUCAAUGAGGUGGGUGGAAGUUCAAGGGGUGGCGUAAUUAACUUCAAUAGUCCAGAGAAUGACUUCCAUUUCCAGCAAAUGGGUGGUUUCAAGCCGCCUUCUACAACUGAACGUGGAUUUACUGCAAUCUUUACAACUGGUUUGAUACCAACCCAUGUUUCAGUCAUAUCUGGAGUUGAAACGAUUCUAUUUGGUGACGGUUUGCCCAAACCUCUUCCACCACCGGGUCUGCCCGCACCUCCGGGUGGAGAAUUUCAGUUAAUUGAACCAAGCUUUGAAGAGUUUGCUGAGAGCAACCGAGUCCUUCAGCCAGUGUUACCAGAUGCAAAUUUCGUUCCUUUUGCCACAACUGAAUUGCCAGCAGAGAUAAACUUCAGAAUUGAUAGUUCUCCUAGUAGACGAUUCCAUAAUGCCAUUCCGACCAACACCAGACCAAUUGCUGAUGGAAAAGUUUUUAUAGACACUCGCGCUAAUGGGAAACCGAAGGGCUCUCUAUUUUCCACUAAAGUGAUUGAGGCUAUCGCAUUGGACAAAAGUUCGCAAUUCCUGAUGACACCUGAGAUUCUUCUACACUCCACCGUUGGUGUGGGAUCACCAUUGGAUCUAUCUGAUGAUGGUCCCUUGGUUGUGGACAACAAAAGGACCACUGUAGUUGAUGGGGUUUCAACCGUAAUGUCGGGUGCUACCACCAUAUUUGGAACAUUAUUUAGCCGACCUUUAGCCACAAAUACUCCGCUUGGCGGAAAAAUGACAUCCAUCAUUUCUGGGAGAGACGGUGAGGUAACAAAACUGAUUUCAAGAGUUAAUACGAUGGUCAAAACAGUCACACAUACGGUUACUGAUGUGAGAACCGUCGAAGGGGUCCGUAGUACGUUCACAGAAAUCAUCGAAAAAACUUUACCUCCUGUGACUAUCGUAUCAACGGUAGUCGGCACUUCAACUGAGGUUAACACAGUAACGGUCACUUCGGAUUCCUCGGAGAUGACUUCAACGAGACUCAGUUCUUUGGCCGCGGUUUCAACCACAACAGAUUCCAUUCCGGACUUUGAACCGACUUCGGAAUCUUCCGAUGCGAUGAUGGCUGAAAAGAAUCACUCACCGACAACUGAUGCUAACGAUGUUCCUUCAUUCGUAGAACACGAUACGCCGGAAGUUGAAAACCACAAAGAAGCAAGCUUGAGCUUGGCAGAAGAGAACGAAAUCAGCAGAUUUGUGGACAGUUCCAGCCCAGACCAGCAGGUUUCUGUUGGUGUACCGGCGAUGCCAGUUUCAGAGUGCAAGCCCAGAUGUUCGGACGUCAAGAAUGAGGUCUGCAAGAAGUCAACAAACGAAACUUACGGGUGUCUCUGCAGGCCUGGAUACAGUCGCUCGAACUCUCUUAACCCUUGCACCCCAUCGAUAGCGUACAAGAUGAGCGUGCUGCUGGACAGCAUCAGUGAAGAUCAACUUGUGUUUGACCCGAUCCUGCAUAACCUGACCCACCCCGUGACCCAGGAUCUCGUCCAGAUCACCACCCACGGCAUCAACAAAGCGUUCCUCAGUUCCAACGUAUCCAACCAUGUCAACCAAGUCACAGUGCUCAAGUUUACUCCAGUGAAGUACGCAACGCUGCCUGUCCACGCACGGCUCGUGGAUGGAGGAGUGGUGGCGGAGAUGAAGGUGGAUGUGGGUGGUGAGGAGGUGAUGACGGCUGGGGGAGUGGGUGCUGCCCUCAAGGUCCUGGAGCCCCUGGCACUCAAACGGGCGCUCACGGCGUCACUCAAGCGCUCCAACUACUCCUUAGGUGGCACCGCGGUGCACGCCAGCCCCUACGCUGCGGUGCUCGCGUCCACGGACUACGACGAGUGCGCGGGCGGCGACCACGACUGCCACGUCAACGCCCUGUGCGUCAACAUGGCGGGCGGCUUCACGUGUGUCUGUUCUGACUCAUUUGUGGACGUGGGGGACGCGCCGGGACGCCAGUGUGUCGAGCGCACGCAGCAGUGCGCUCACUGCAGCUACCGCGGCGAGUGUCAGCGUGAUGACGGCGGCGAGCUGACGUGCGAGUGUCAGCCCUGGUUCAGCGGUGCCACAUGCAGCAUCAACCUCAGGGGUGAGUGUCAGCCCUGGUUCAGAGGUGCCACAUGCAGCAUCAACCUCAGGGUGCUGCUGGUUGCUGUGGUGAGCUGUGCUGCUGCUGCGGUGCUGCUGCUGCUGCUGUGUUGCUGCUUCUGCAGCCUCAGCAGACGAAGGAACAGACGAGAGGCGGCAGCAAACCAGCUCCUGACGUCAUCGCUGGGCGCGUCCACGCUGGACCGCCGCGCGUUCACGCACGACGCCUCGAGCGACUCUAGCGAUGCACGCGCCAGCACCCUGUACACCGCUGGUCACGUGAACGCGGCGGCCGAGCUAGAGGAGGGAGAUCGCCCCCCACACGCCCUCAGCCCCCGCGUGUUGCUGAUCCCGCGGGUCAAAGGCCCCACCCAGAAGCGGGCCAGCGCCCAGGAUGUUCCCGCUGACCCUGUCGUGCCCCAAGCGGCGCUGCUCGACAUCCUCGAGCUCCUGACGUCAUCGCUGGGCGCGUCCACGCUGGACCGCCGCGCGUUCACGCACGACGCCUCGAGCGACUCUAGCGAUGCACGCGCCAGCACCCUGUACACCGCUGGUCACGUGAACGCGGCGGCCGAGCUAGAGGAGGGAGAUCGCCCCCCACACGCCCUCAGCCCCCGCGUGGUGGGUGCCCCCAACUUGCUUACGAUUGCUUACGAUUUAUCGAGCGCGUAUAACAACAACCAGCGUCACCAACCACCAAGUUCCAACUCCUACAGGUACCAUCAGGAGAGAACCGUGAGCGCCUUACGUUCCUGCGACGAGACGACCGUACGUCCGUCCGUACGUUGCAUCUCCAGGCCCCUGUCAUCUCAGGGGGGCCAAACCAUGGCAGAGCGGGACGGGGGGUCUACCUUAGUCUUCCCUCCCCACGAGCUCUACAGACCAUCCCAGGACGUUGACAGCUUCAGCGACGUCUCAGAGUCCACCGUACGUCCCUCCGUCUACCGCUGAGCUCCCGACGUACGAGCAACGUCGGGGUCUUAAGACGUCGAAUGCUGGAUAUCGUUAAAAAACCUAUUAUAUGAUUAGACGUACCAAAUUUAACGUCGCGGACAUAUAUUCACAGCGUCUGGGAAUGUUUAAAACAAUGUAACGUAGGAACGUAAACUUAUGACGUCAUAGACGUUGAACGUUCUAUUCCGUUAGCUUAACCUACAAAGGCGUGAAGAGUGAAUAUUGACGUAAAUAAGCGUUAAAAUGCAAUAUUAAACUUCUACUACUUAUGACGCCAGGUUAUAACCCUUAAAGUCCCCAUUUAACCCGUCCCCUAAAGGCCCUAAAAGUCGCCCUAAAGACAUUAAAACAAAUUGAUUAAUUCAGCCAAAUUUAAAUCAGGGGAUUGGCCGAGCGGUUAGCCAAUCACGUGGCUGCUUUUGUUGAUCAUUUGAAAUGAUAAAACACGAAUUGGUUAUUAAUAUACCACCUGAUGUUAUAUUUUUGCCUCAAAUUACCUAAUUUUACAUUCUAUUAGUGAAAUUCAGAAAAAUCCUCAUAUAUAUCUGGGAUGAACAGUUUAGUGAAGUAAUUCUUUUUAAAUUAAUAUUAUCACAAAAUU